AUGGCCACCGAGGGCUGCCCCUGGUCUUGGGCCUCCAGAAAACGGCGUCGCAUCAGAAAGCCUCCUCCCAAUCUCGCGAUGAUCGGGGACGAUCUGCUCGUGGAGAUUCUGAUCCGCCUCCCGAACCAUAGAUUUGCCAGUGGCUGCAAACCGGUCUGCAAGCGUUGGAGGUCCUUGAUCUCCAGUCCCCGUUUCAAUCGCCGCUUCGUUUCUCACCACCGCAUCAACAACCAACCAACUAUGCCGGACAAUCCCGACGACCUGCAAUCCAUCAUCUUGAGCUUUCUCCCUCCCAUGCCCAGUGCAGUUGCUGGCUGCUUCAAAGUUUUGGACUGCUUCAAGGACUUGGUUCUAUGCGGGUUUUGGGAUUUGGAUUCCGACAACAAGGAACUCUGCCGAUCCUACUUUAUCUGCAAUCCAUUUACCAAGCAAUGGAUGGCUCUUCCUUUAGCCCCCGAGAAGGCCACGGGAUACAAAUCGCACUGCACAAGGUUUGUUUUUGAAUCCCGCAUUUCUUAUGAUCUUGAUAUGGAAGGAGGAGAUGACGAACAGAAAGUUGUUUAUUCUGAGUAUCGUUUCCGGGUGGUGAGUGUGUAUCAGCAUGAUGAGUCUAUUAAACUGGACUGGUUUUGUUCCCAGUCCGCUGAAGAAUGCGAACCAGUUGAAGGAGUUGGACUUUUCGGUCAUCGGAGGAAGGACAAGGGACCAGCGGCAAACCCCUGUCAUCGUGUUAAGAAGCAGAAGGUGAUGAAUGGCUCGUGCUCUAGACAGUAUGGUGCCAUUGGACGAAAAUCAUAUGUGAAGGAUGGUGCUUUGAUCAGUUGCAGGCGCAAUAGGCGCCAACACUUGUUCAAUUAGCCAAGGUGUUUCAUGAAGAUAAUUUAUUAUGCUAUGUGCUAGUGGGAGAGAAUUUCCAUUGAUGUGUUUUGAUGCACGAUUAGACAAGUUUGUUUUCUUGAGAUGAUUUAUUAAGCUACUUUAUCUACUGACCUGAGGAGAAGGUGAUGCCUUGAAUGUAUGUUCUCAGUCCUCAGAUGGCUAUUUACAGAAUACUCCAUCAAUGGCAGCUGGAACAGAGCCCUCUGGUUGGGAGGGUUCUGGAAAGAGAGAGAGCAUUUGGAGUACAUUUCUUUUUUAAAAUAUGAGGGGUAAAUGACACAUUUGGUCACUGAAAUUAUUAAAUUGUGUCAUGUUUAGUCACUAG